UGAUCCGUUCAUCAUGAUAAUCUGCUGUUUCUGUCGAAACAGACUUGCAUAUCAGAACACCAACUUGACAUUUAAAUUUAGGUCAAGCAAGGUUUCUGCCAAUGCAGGGGGCUGUUCUGGGGUUCCUGUGUAGCAGGAGGUUCAUGGCCGUCACCCGCAUGCCACUGAGUGUUUUCAGCAAGAAUAGAAUUUUGUUCCUCCUUGCUAUUGUCCAUGCCAAAGAUUCAGGCGGCAGAGCAUACUGCAGUGGUGGAGGACAAUAUACAGCCAAUGAUAUAUUUUGUCGGAGUGUCCUAUGACAAUUUUAGUGCUGCAGCGCAAAGCGAGAAAGAGGACGUCGCGUACUCAUUGUUUGGUAUCUUCGGUGUCCAUCUACCUGGAAUCUACGGCGAGAAGAAGCAGAACGCGCUCGGACGACUCUUGCAGGAGAUCGUGGCUCGGUCGGGAGACAUCACCGUCCUCGACUGGAUCGGACAACCUUCCAAGUUCAAUAGCUGUCUUCCAACCUAUAUCACUUCUUACGCCACUCCUCCACAUGCCCUUCCAUCUUUCUCCGAAGAUCAGAUUCAAACAACUAUCUCUUCCCUCCGAGAAAAUCUCAUGGUUGUGAAUUUAGCUUCGGAACUUUACGACCGGCUUAAUAACACGAGCACUGCUCGUUUCUCGAAUUGCAGACUACAUCUGCCUUGCAUGGUAUUCCGUGUCACACAAGUCAGUCUGAGCUAUUGUACAUCCCAGGAAACUCGAUAUAAAGUCAAGGCACACGGGCUUGAUGACCUGCUGAUCGCCACCAAAAAGCCGAUCGUCCAGUCCUUGCGGACAAGGCCCAAUCAACAAACCUUCGUGCUCGUCCGUUCCUGGGAUCGGUCUCUCCUCGAGUUACCAGACUUUGCAGAUCUUCAAGACGACACAGAGAGCGAAGGGGAUGAUUGGAUGCCGCCCCCGUCUCCAUCUGACGACUCACUUAGCCGUUCUGUUGUAAAUCGGGAAGUGAAUGACCUAGAUUCGCGAGAAUAUUGCGGUUGGUUGUUUGCCUUGGGCAGCCUUUUGGCGCAUUUUUACUAGCGCGGUAGCGUGGUGGAGAAUACAAAGGGGUCGCGUCGGAUCGUGAUAUCAUUGCACAGGCCAAAGAUGUGCUUCUGUCCGGGACCUGAUGAACGUCAAGACGAUUGAAAUACUGUUGAUGCAUUUUCCUUUGAAGAUUAGGGAUCUGAGCGGUUUUCAUUUGUACUUUCGUAUCAUACUACAUGCAUGUGUAUUGGACUAGUUUCCUUUCAAAGCAGACCUGGAGAUCUAUCUGCAGCAUUUCCACGCCCGAUACCACUAGACUAAUGUCUCGUGCUCAUCACCUACCUGCAUGCAUAUUAAUUUUGGUGCUCGGAUUCAACUUGAGCUCUAAGUCUCAUCACUUCCCGAUGUACCACCCUUCGUCUUCUAGAAGUGCGACAAGUUGACUUAGUUAUCCGUAAGUCAGUGUCAGGC